UUUAGCAAUUGGCAGUCACGUGUUUCUGGCUGGUCUGGAUUCAUUGCAAUUUGCUGUGUGCUCUCACCUCCGCUCCUGCGUUUCUACUCUAAACAUAAACACUAACCUGUAACCCCACUCCAAUCCCCAUCUCCCUCCCACCUUCUCUCAACACCGCCGCGCCGAUCCUCCUUUCCACUUUCUUUAUUGUGAGAGCUACAUACUGGGAUUCGCACACACAACAUUUCUGUGAAGCCCUGCCGGAUAUAGAGGAGCUGCUAUAGGAUGGAGGAGAGGAGAAACAUUGUUACACUGAUCCCUCCAAAAAAUUUAAAUUAUACUAUAAGGCGGAUGCUCUCCGCCAUAUCAGUAAGGAGAUGAAGAAUAAAGGCAGUGGAAAGUUCAAAGUUGAGAAGGUUAUAGCUGAAGGCUUACCUCCAGGAUGGACCAAGGAAAUAAGAGUUAAGAAGAAGGGUGGCAAGACAAGGAAAGACCCGUAUUAUAUUGAUCCUGAGAGUGGGCAAGUCUUCCGCUCUUUGAAGGAAGUUUUUCGCUACCUUGGAACUAAAGAUUGUAGUAAGGCUGAACCUGAACUCAAGGAUCAAGGUCCCAACAAUGUGGAAGCUGGUGGUUCUCUUUCAUCUUUACCUUCUGAAGCUGAAGAACAGAAAGUGGGUGAAAGCAAAGCAGCAGAUGGACAGAUUGCUAUGAAUGAGAGACUCAAGUUGGGCGAGGAACACGUUAUAAAGCCCAAUGGUACAGAAUGCUGUACAUCACCCCCGGGAAAGACUACUCACCUGCGUAAGAAAGGUGGUGUAAUAGAGAACAAUUACGUGGCACAGGUAAAUAACUUGGAAAGUAACAAGGAUAGUAAUCCGAUUGAAUGCCAACUUGUUUCAGCCCACGUAGCAAGAGAACGUGGUCAUGAAGAAGUGGUACCACCAGCAGGCAAGGAGGUGGUGGAAAAACAUGGACAUAAAAUUAUCCACAAAAAGAGGAAGAAAUUGCGUAACAAUAAAAUGGCCAGCUUACCUUGCCGAACUUCCAAGCGUCUUGCUGGUAUUGAAGCUGAUGCAUCUUUGGAACUGAAAACAUAUAAUCAAGGCUCUCAAGCUGGAGCAACAAAACAACAGAAAGGUCAGACAAAAGCAGUUGUCACUAAUAAUAAUUUAAAUGAAGGGAUUGAAAGGCCAAAGACUGGGAAUGCGGCUAAUGAAAAGAAACAAGAAGAUGAUGCUACUUUACCCCUGAAAAAGCUUCAUUCUCCAGAUCCAGAUGGAAAUGACAGAGAAGUUGGUCCUAACAGUAAAGAUGGCGAGAAGACUGAAAUAACUCCUGAAUCAUCAUCAUCGUCAUCAUGUGUCAAGGAUAUGUGGAUGGAUCCAUGCAUAGACUUUGCAAUAAAAACUCUUACUGGUGCAAUACCCAUCGGAGAUGAGAAGAAGGUGGAUGAGACCCCACAGUCCUCCCUCAGUUGUUCAUCUGCUGGAAAUCCACAGUCCUCUGUGGAGUUGCCAUUUGGGGGGGACAUAUGGGCAGAUCCAUGCUUUGCUUUCGCUGUAAAGACGCUUACUGGCAAAGAGAUACCAAUCACUGAUGAUUUAUCUGCACAGAAGGUACUUGAGCAGCAAUGCAGUGCAACGGGGCCUCAAAUUACCAAUGGCUUACCACAGCCUCCAAGUAUUAGGCUUGAUGAUUUUAGGCAGGUCAAUAAUCUUUCAGCCCCCCGGCAUUUUAACAUGCCAGAGAAGCCUUUUUACAAGCCACAGGGUCCAGUAGCUCCUCCUCCUCCUCCUUCUGCAUACCAGAACAAUUGGCUCGCUAAAUUCGGUUCAAACCAGCCUUCAUCACUGUGUUGAGGACACAACAAUUCUGUGAACUUAGAAAACUGUGGGGUUAUCAGGCAGAGUAGCAAUUCUGUUGUAAUGUUGUGUGUUAGUGUAGUGUGUAUGUUGAAGCGUUAGUGGUAGUGUUCUCUCUUCAAAAUCAAGACAGUUGAUUUUAUUAAAUAAAUACUGGGCAGAACAUAAUUCAGUUUAUCACAAUUGCUUGGUGUGGAUGCAACCAAUAGUUCAGUUCAGAUAGUGGAUUGUGAGAUACUGAGCUAGCUAGCUAAAUAAAUGUAUAUUUUGUAGAAUGAU